ACGUGCUCCUCCUGUCCUUCUGGCGGAACGUGCUUCCCGCUGCGGGGACGUUUGAGCCAUGGCAGCCCUGCUGAGAUCCUCGUGUUGGCUGCUGCGUGCCGGGGCGGCCCCGCGCCUCCCGCUCUCCCUGCGCCUCCCGCUCUCCCUGCGCCUCCUCACUGGCGGCCCGGGCCGGCCGCAUGCCGCCUCCUAUCUGCCUGCCGCUCGCGUCGGGCCCGUGGCCGGAGGACUACUGAGCCCCGCCAGGCUGUAUGUCAUUGCCGCCGAAAAAAAGGAUAUUCAAGAGGAGUCCACUUUUUCUUCUAGAAGGAUUGCCAAUCACUUUGAUUGGGCUCUGAUGAGACUAGAUAAUUCUGUUCGAAGAACUGGCCGCAUUCCAAAGUCGCUUCUACAAAAAGUCUUUGAUGACACCUGCCGCUCAGGUGGCCCAGGUAGUAGUCAUGCCUUGCUUCUACUACGUAGCUGUGGUUCUCUCUUGCCUGAACUAAAACUUGAAGAGAGAACAGAAUUUGCUCAUAGGAUAUGGGACAAACUUCAGAAAUUAGGUGCUGUGUAUGAUGUGAGUCACUAUAAUGCUUUACUUAAAGUCUAUCUUCAAAAUGAAUAUAAAUUCUCACCAACUGAUUUCCUGGCAAAAAUGGAGGAAGCGAACAUUCAACCAAAUCGAGUGACAUACCAGAGAUUGAUUGCUUCUUACUGUAAUACGGGAGAUAUUGAAGGUGCCAGCAAGAUUCUUGGAUUUAUGAAAACUAAGGAUCUCCCAGUUACAGAGGCAGUAUUCAGUGCCCUUGUGACAGGGCAUGCCAGAGCUGGUGAUAUGGAGAAUGCAGAAAACAUUCUCACAGUGAUGAGAGAUGCUGGAAUUGAUCCUGGUCCAGACACAUACCUCGCAUUAUUGAAUGCGUAUGCUGAGAAGGGCGACAUUGACCAUGUUAAGCAGACUCUGGAGAAGGUGGAGAAGUCCGAGCUUCACCUUAUGGACCGUGAUUUAUUGCAAAUUAUUUUUAGCUUCAGUAAAGCUGGGUAUCCUCAGUAUGUCUCAGAAAUUUUGGAAAAAGUUACAUGUGAAAGAAGAUAUAUUCCAGAUGCAAUGAACCUCAUUUUACUUUUAGUCACUGAAAAAUUGGAAGAUGUAGCUUUGCAAAUUUUACUAGCAUGCCCUGUAUCAAAGGAAGAUGGCAUAAGUGACUUUGGCGGUUUCUUUUUACGACACUGUGUGACUAUGAAUACGCCUGUGGAGAAGCUAACAGACUACUGUAAGAAGUUAAAGGAAGUCCAGAUGCACUCCUUUCCUCUGCAGUUCACCCUCCAUUGUGCUUUACUUGCCAAAAACACUGAUUUGGCAAAAGCCCUAAUGAAGGCUGUGAAGGAGGAAGGUUUUCCUAUCAGAACUCACUAUUUCUGGCCAUUGCUAGUUGGACAUCAGAAGGAAAAAAAUGUUCAAGGUAUAAUUGAAGUCCUGAAAGGAAUGCAAGAAUUGGGAGUACAUCCUGAUCAGGAAACAUAUGUAGAUUAUGUGAUUCCAUGCUUCAGUAGUGUAAAGUCAGCACGUGCCAUUUUGCAGGAAAAUGGAUGUCUGUCUAAUAGUGAUACGUUUUCUCAAGCUGAAUUGAGAAGCGAAGCAGUAAAUGGGAACUUAGACUUUGUAUUAUCAUUUUUGGAAUCAAAUACAUUGCCUCUCUCACUGCAGUCUAUAAGAAGUAGCCUACUGCUAGGCUUUAGGAGGUCUAUGAAUAUAAAUCUUUGGAGCAAGAUAACAGAAUUGUUGUACAAGGAUGGACGUUAUUGCCAGGAGCCUCCAGGACCAACGGAAGCUGUUGGCUAUUUUCUUUAUAACUUGAUUGACAGCAUGAGUGACUCAGAGGUACAGGCCAAGGAGGAGCGUUUGAGACAAUACUUCCAUCAGCUGAAGGAGAUGAAUGUAAAAAUUCCUGAAAAUAUCUACAGAGGCAUUCGUAAUCUACUGGAUAGCUACCAUGUUCCUGAAUUGAUUAAGGAUGCUUAUAUGUUGGUUGACAGUGAGGAUUUAGACUCUCGAAAAACUCUGCGACUUAGGUCAUCUGAAUUGGAGUCUAGACUUGAAACAUUAAAAGCUGAAGAUCAACCUAUAAGAGAUGUCCUAAAGCAACUCAUAUUAGCACUUUGUUCCCAAGAGAAUAUGCAAAAAGCCCUUGAAUUGAAAGCAAAAUAUGAAUCAGACAUGGUUAUCAGUGGUUAUGCAGCUUUAAUAAAUUUAUGCUGUCGACAUGAUAAUGCAGAAGAUGCCUUGAACUUGAAAGAAGAAUUUGACCGCUUAGAUUCAUCUGCUGUCCUUGACACCAGCAAGUAUGUAGGCCUUGUAAGAGUAUUGGCAAAGCAUGGCAAGCUCCAAGAUGCUAUUAACAUUCUGAAGGAGAUGAAAAAGAAGGAUGUUCCUAUCAAAGAUUCAACAGUCUUGUCCUUUUUCCACAUCCUAAAUGGCGCAGCUUUAAGAGGUGAAAUUGAAACAGUAAAACAGUUGCAUGAAGCCAUCGUGACUCUAGGCUUAGCAAAACCAUCCACCAACAUAAGUUUCCCAUUGGUCACUGUAUACCUGGAAAAGGAUGACCUAUCUACUGCUCUUGAUGUCGCCAUUGACUGCUGUGAAAAGUAUAAAAUAUUACCAAGGAUGCAUGAUAUCUUGUGUAAACUGAUAGAGAAAGGCGAGACUGAUCUAAUUCAGAAAGCAAUGGACUUUGUGAGCCAAGAACAAGGUGAAAUGAUGAUGCUCUAUGAUCUCUUCUUUGCCUUCCUACAAACAGGAAAUUACAAAGAGGCCAAGAAGAUCAUUGAGACUCCAGGGAUUAGAGCUCGAUCUACAAGGCUUCAGUGGUUUUGUGACAAAUGUAUUGCGAAUAAUCAGGUUGAAACUCUGGAAAAAUUAGUGGAGCUGACACAGAAGCUAUUUGAAUGUGAUAGAGACCAGAUGUACUACAAUCUGCUAAAACUGUAUAAAAUGAAUGGUGACUGGCAAAAAGCUGAUGCUGUCUGGAAUAAAAUCCAAGAAGAAAAUAUUAUUCCUCGUGAGAAGACAUUAAGAUUAUUAGCGGAAAUCCUUAGAGAUAGUAACCAGGAAGUUCCAUUUGACGUACCUGAGUUGUGGUAUGAAGAUGAAAAACAUUCCCUGAAUUCUUCAUCGGAUUCUUCAUCAGACUCAACCACAGAACCUGAUUUCCAGAAAGAUAUAUUGAAUGCCUGCCGAUUGAAGCAAAGCAAAGGAGCAUAUGGUAUUUUCCUGAAAGCAAAACAGCAAAACGUUGUAUUUAAUGCUGAAACCUACAGUGAUCUCAUUAAAUUACUGCUGUCAAAAGAGUAUUUUACACAAGCAGUGGAAGUGAAAGCAUUCGCGGAGACCCACAUCAAGGGCUUCACACUGAACGAUGCUGCCAACAGCCUCCUCAUCAUAACGCAAGUUAGGCGGGAUUAUUUGAAAGAGGCUCUAAGAACGCUGAAAACAGCAUUGGAUCAGCAGCAGACCCCUUCUAAGGUAGCAGUGACCCGCCUCAUCCAGGCAUUGGCCAUGAAGGGUGAUGUUGAAAACAUAGAAGUAGUUCAGAAGAUGGUAAAUGGACUCGAAGACUCCCUUGGACUUUCAAAAAUGGUUUUCAUCAAUAACAUUGCUUUGGCACAAAUAAAGAACAAUAACAUAGAUGUCGCAGUAGAAAACAUUGAAAAUAUGCUUACUUCAGAGAAUCAAGUCAUUGAACCCCAAUUCUUCGGCUUGGCAUACUUAUUCAGAAAAGUAAUAGAGGAGCAGUUGGAACCAGCAGUUGAAAAGAUAAGCAUCAUGGCAGAGAGAUUGGCCAAUCAGUUUGCAAUUUAUAAACCUGUCACUGAUUUUUUCCUUCAACUUGUGGACGCAGGCAAGGUGGAUGAUGCCAGAGCUCUCCUACAGAGAUGUGGUGCAAUUGCUGAACAAACCCCGAUUUUGUUGCUGUUCUUCCUUAGAAAUUCUGGGAAACAAGGAAAGGCAUCAACUCUGAAAUCUCUGUUAGAAUUGAUUCCUGAAUUAAACGAAAAGGAAGAAGCAUAUAGUUCCCUCAUGAAAAGCUAUGUCUCAAAGAAAGAUGUCACAUCUGCUAAAGCACUGUAUGAACAUUUGACUGCAAAGAAUGCAAAAUUGAAUGAUCUGUUUCUCAAGCGUUAUGCAGUUUUGCUGAAGAAUGCUGGAGAGUCUGUCCCUUUCACUGAACCCCCUGAAAGCUUUGAAUUUUAUGUACAGCAGCUAAAAGAAUCGAGGGAAAAUUCUUCCUGAAAUAAGCAGGCGAUACUUUGUUUUGUAUAUAUGUGUGAUUCUGUGUCUACAUGUUAUUUUGAAGUGUAUUUGAAGGGAAAAACAAAUGAAAAUUUUCUUUGUGUGACACAUGUUCAAAGUCUUAUUGACCAUAACUGUGCGCUUGGUUAUUGGACAUUUUUGGAGUUUUUUUUCUCUGGCAUAAAUUGAUAGCAUUUUCCUCAGUGCUGCUGCUGUGGGAAGCCACACUUUUUCAAGAUUCUUCCCCUAAUUGGCUCUUUGGUUUCCCUGCUCUAUUUCAUUUAUUUCAUUAAAAUGUUAUUCCUUUAUUUAAGACUUGCUUAUUAGUCUGCUAUUUCUCUGAAAAAUGUUAGAGCUAAGUAUAGUGAUUGUGAACUUUCUAUUGUAUAAUAUUCUGCAAUAUAACAAUUCCUUACAUGUGUGAGGUCCUGCUAACUUUCAAAUUUCAUUAAAUGUUGGCACUAGGAGUCAUCAGAUCUAGCCUUCAUCAUUUUCCAGUGAGAAGCAGAGACCCAAAGGGCCUGUCACUUGUGCUUGGUCAGGGGGCUGUCUGUCAUGCCCGGAGGCUCUUCGGCAUACUUCCCCCUCUUUACCUUCUGCCACCGUGGCUUCCAAGCACCUCUGUUCAUGGAACAUCUCUGAAAUUGAGUCUUGGUCAUGACUUAUCCCAAAGUAGAGCGAUGUGUUUCCUCUCAUUUUAGUUUCAGGACUUUGUCAGCACAAGCUCUGCCCUAGGCUUGUUACUUUAUACUCAUAUCCUGAAAGAUGUGGUUUCAUCUAUGAAGGGGCAAAAUAUUGGUUUGUAUUUAAUUUUUUUAAAUAAAAGUUAUCCCUAUAUUGACUCUCAUGCCUGUUAAUAUCUACACUGUAAAUAGUGACUUCAAAAAAAAUUCUAAGAUAGGUAGUCAAGAGAGUUUGCCAUUAUAAAACAUGUCUUAAUAUGGAAUAUCGACCUAACUGGAGAUGAUGUAAUUAAUUACCAAAAUGUUGAAAAUGUUUUGAGAACCCUUCCCAUUUUGGGGUAUUGCUUGUUCAUUUGGAUUUGGUAAGUCCUUGCUGUUCAGUUUCAAUACCAACUUGGGUCACACUGUUCACAUCAGGGGAGACCUUGCCUUGGGGACAUAGGCAGGCUGCUUGCAACUUGUGCUAUUGACCUUCUGUCUUGUGGGACUAUCUCUCCUGCAUCUGCUACCUGCCCACAGAUGGUGUGAGAGGGAGGGUUGAUGGCGGGAAGCCAGAAAGUAAAUGUCAUCAUGGUAUUAGCCAGGCUUUUACUUCAACUCUUUUUGUGGCCUUAGAUUUAAGGAAGCAGGGAGCGUGGCCAAUGUUGAGUCUUGGCCCAGUGGACAUAGUGCCUUGAGCACUGCCCAGGUGCAGGACCUGCACAUGUUACAGGUUUGCCAGGAGUCUUUUUUUUUUUUGAGCUAGAGUCUCGCCCUGUUGCUCAAGCUGAAGUACAGUGGUGCAAUCUCAGCUCACUGCAACCUCCGCCUCCCAGGUUCAAGUGAUUCUCGUGCCUCAGCCUCCCAGGUAGCUGGGAUUACAGGCGUGCGCCCCCAUAUGCAGCUAAUUUUUGUGUAGUAAAGAUGGAGUUUCACCAUGUUGGCCAGGUUGGUCUCGAACUCCUAGCCUCAAGUGAUCCUCCCUCUGCCCUCGCUUUGGCCUCCCAAAGUACUGGUAUUACACACCUGGCCAAGAGCCUCACUCCUGUGUACAUCUUUAGUGAUUGCACUGAAGUAGGCCUUAUUUUUUGCAGUCAUGCUAAUGACAAGUUAGUCAACAUUCACUAAUUGACAUUCAUUAAAAUAGGUCUCUGAGGUGAGGCAUAACCUUGGGGUGUAAUCUGUAUUUCACAAUCUUUGGGGAAACUGAAAGUACCAUCUCAUUUGCAUGAAGUGACUCUACACUGGCCCUGUAUGUGGACUCUGGUAAAAUGUGAGUGUAAUACAGAGGAAAUAGGUAAGACCCCCUUAUCUAGAACUCUAAACAGCAGCGGGGGGCAUUACAAACCACUAGCUAUUCAAAUAUCUUUUGCACUGUAUUGGUUCCCCUAUUGAAUAUAAAUAUUUGAAGUAUAAUAACUGUAUACUGUAGGUGGGCUUUUGAGUGCUCUAAAUAUCUAAUAGCUAAAUUGAAAUAAGUAGAAAUAUAAACAAAAUUUUGCAGCUUUCUGUAAUAUGUUUACACUCAAAUUAUAAGCAGCUAAUUCUAAAAAGAUGUCAUAAACUAUUGAAAACUAUAGUAUUUUAUAUAUAAUUAUAUGUUCAUGUAUUUGAACGCAAUAUAAUUUUAACUGAAAUGCUUUGAAUAAAGUAUACUCUAAAU